AAGUUUUUCAAGCAGGCUGUAUUUACUACGCGUUUGUUUUUGUUUUGGCUUUUCAAAAAAUUAGACAAACUCACAAUGUUUAAAACAUUAAAUACUACAAGAAAUGUGUUUAUAUUUCAACAUUGUAAUUCUGGGAUCCAUGCUAGGAGAUGUCAUAAUCUUCUUAGUAAUAAAGAGAAUUUUCCGAUAUUGGCUUCUGGAAUGGGUCCUACGAUUUGUAUGCAAAUAUCUAGAAACAGAUCAUUCAUGAUUUCCCCAAUGAUAUCAAAUCAACUCAAACAACGGAAUCUUUUGGAAAUCAGCAAUAAAAGUUUCUUAAAAAGUGUCACAAGAACCAUGUUUAUUCAAACUCAAGAUACGCCAAAUCCAGAUAGUUUAAAAUUUCUUCCAGGAAUUGAAGUUCUAGGUAAAGGCAAUACGCGCGAUUUCCCCAAUGCAACAGCAGCUCUUUCGUCGCCCCUUGCAAAAUUAAUUUUUAGAAUAGAAGGAGUUCAAUCAGUUUUUUUCGGUGGAGACUUUAUAACAGUUUCAAAGCAAGAGGAUGCUGAGUGGAGAGUAAUGAAACCAGAAAUAUUUGCAGUUAUCAUGGACUUCUUUCCGAGUGGAUUACCAAUAGUUUUCGAGCAUUCUCCAAACGCCGACACUCAAAUUAACGAUGAUGACGAUGAAACAGUACAGAUGAUAAAAGAGCUUCUUGAUUCGAGAAUUCGACCAACUGUGCAGGAAGACGGUGGUGACAUAAUCUUCAUGGGUUUUGAAGAUGGAAUUGUGAAACUGAAAAUGCAGGGCUCAUGUUCUUCAUGUCCUUCGUCGAUUGUAACACUGAAAAAUGGAGUUCAAAACAUGCUUCAAUUUUAUAUACCAGAAGUGCAAGCAGUUGAACAAGUGAAAGAUGAAAGCGAUAAAAUGUCAGAUAAAGUUUUUGAAAAAUUGGAAACUAAAAUUCAAUCCAAAGAUUCAAGUGAUACAUUAUAAUGCAUUAGGUUGAUCUAAAGUCGAAAUGUAAAUGAUUUCUUAAACAAAAUUAAAUAAAUAUUGCAACGUAAAUAAAAUUAUUAUGAAAAACCUC